GAUGGCGGAAGUGCAGGUGCAGCAGCAGCAUCACAACAAGUUACACCAACGGCUAAGUGGAGGAACGGUUGCGAGGCUGGAGAUACUGUUUCACCGCUGUUCACAGAACAGAGGAGAGACCUUUUAAUUAUUUUUUCCCCCCCACUUGUCGACGAGUCUGGUGGGACGUCGAAAUGGCUCUGAACCAGAACAGCUCGGAAUCCGGCGGAGUCAUCAUCAACAACAGUGAAAGCGUGCUGAUGAACUAUGAUAAUGUGGAGCUGGUUUUCUGUGAUGCUGACAGUCUCCCUGAAGCCUUCCGGAAGAGCAAGAAGGGGAGCGUCUACCUGACUCCCUACAGGGUCAUUUUCGUGACCAAGGGCCGGGAUGCUCUGCAGUCUUUCAUGAUGCCCUUCUACCUGAUGAAGGGCUGUGAGGUCAAACAGCCUGUGCUGGGGGCCAAUUACAUUAAAGGCACCAUUAAUGCUGAGCCCGGAGGUGGCUGGGAAGGCACUGCCACUUUCAAACUGGUGUUUGCUGCAGGAGGAGCCAUAGAAUUUGGCCAGUACAUGCUGCAGGUGGCGGCUCAGGCGUCCAGAGGUCAGCCAGUGACUUCUGGGUUUGGCGGAUGCCCCUACAUGGCGAAUGGGGCGUAUGCUUGCCCCCCUCCCCCUGCCAAUGGGAUGUACCCUGCUGGACCCCCACCCGGCUACUCCUACCCCAAUCCCCCUCCUCCAGGUGGAUUCUACCCAAACCCUCCGUUUGAUGGUCCUGCAGCUUACAUGCCUCCUCCUCCGUACUCCGCUCCCCUGGGCCAGCAGCCGCUGCAUGACCCAGACCUGCCCUCCACAUCAGCAGCGGAGGCCAAAGCAGCCGAGGCAGCAGCUAGUGCCAGCUGUGCCACGCUGCCGCCUACACACGUCUACCUACCACAGGACAAGCCUCCUCCCUACUCCCCUCCUGAAGACAAGAAGAACCAGUAGACCUGCCUCAUCUCCUCAGUUCUUCUUUUUCUUUCUUUCACCUGUAUUCUCCAUCCAGCUGGCUCACCUCUCCUCUCCCCCUCUCUUAACUGGAUGCCAGGAAGGACAAAGUCUCUCUUUUAUAAACUUUUUCUUUUGCUUUUCCCCUAGCUUUCAUCUUCCCAGAUGCUCCUCCCCAUAAUUUGUCCCCGUGGGUCUCACCUUCUUCUCACUUUCCACUGCUUUCCACCUCCACUCAUACCUCUCACAUUCCUUUAAAUGAUUUAUAACACAGUCAGCCCUUCGCACAGCUCCAUGCUCCUUGCUAAAACCCAACACCUGACAAAAAGUAUUCAUUAACAGUCUUUGAAAGGGAUAUGAUUGUUUGGGCCAAAGCUGUCAGGACACAGGGGUAUUUUAAGUUGAAUUCACUGAAAUUUUGUAGCCUGUCUAGUUGGCUAGUUUAAUAUUUGUUGCCUUGUGGUUGGCAUACUGAAGCAUACUGCCACCCCACUCUAGAUUUUAGCUAGGCUGUUUGGCUUAAAAAUUUUUAUGACCGUUUGUCUAUCAAACUAGACUGAAUGGAAUGAUGUAAUUCCUUUGCUAACCUAUCCAGAGGCAAGCUGAAUGCAGUAUUUUAUUUUUCUAUGAUUUCUUCGUGUGUACAGGCUUUUAAUAUGUCAACUUUAAAGAAAAAAAAAAGAAAAAAAGGAGAUAUUUUCUCAGUGACACUAACCUAGCUUUUGUAAAGAUAGCUGAUUGCAGGGUGGCCUAGUCUGCCUGGACAUGUUUUAGUGGAAAAGAGGACCACAAAGAUUAGGACAGCGUAAAGCCCCAGCAGUGAAUCCCUGAUCCUGGAUUAGACUAGAGAGUGAGUGUGACCAGGGCCCGGGGGGACGGACUGCCAGGAGGGAUUAUCUUUACACUGUGUGAGAGCAGAGCGGUCGCCCAAUGAUGUCACGUCCUGUUGUGUUAUGCCGCCGAACAUUCGAGAACUCACACAUGGUCAGACCCUCUACUCGCUUCACCCUUCGCUGUCCUAAUGUACAUUUCACUCUUUAUCUUCACUGUUCAAACUAAAAAGACACGCCGGCUCGUCAGAGGAUCUUCUCUCUCUCUCUGUUUCUCUGUCCCUACUCCUCGUGGUUGUAAUCUGAGCUGACAUGUUUGAGGUCUUAAAAUCUGAUCUGAGCACCUUAGUGUCCGGGCCUCUUCUCUUCCUUCCUGUAUCAUCACUAAUCUAUAUACUGUAUCUGUGACACAUCUGUGGCUGAUUCUUUGCACUUUCAGAACGCUAUGCAUUGGGCCCCUGUUUGCUCUGUCAUGGCUGUGUGUAUAUUAAUAAAGCUCUGUAUUUAUUUCAAACUAAUUUAUUGAGUAAUUUAUUUUAAAUGGC